AUGAGUGGUGUGUCGGGAUCUGGAGCGUUGCCGACUGUUAGUUCGUUGUCGUUGGAUAAACCUCUGUUCUGCAGGGAGGAUGAUUCUACGUUGUUUGUAGCUAGGUUGAUAUAUGCGGAGCGGAUCCAUUGUGUUCUCGUCCUAUCUGGGGAUAGGGAGCUGUGUGGUAUUAUUACGACUAAGGAUAUUGUAUUUCGAGGUUGCACGAUGGACGAAAGACUGAAGGCUAGAGAUAUAUUAACAGGUACUCCCGUGGUGGGGCGUUCUAACAUGUUGGUGACACAAGCGUUAGAACUGAUGAUCGAGAGGAAAAUUCGCCAUCUGCCGGUACGGCAGGACAGUACUGGAAGAGUUGUGGGGAUUUUGGAUAUUACUAAGUGUUUCCACCAGGCACUGCUUAAGUUAGAGAAGUUUACGUUGAGUGCUGCAAAGCUCAACAACGCUCUCAACGAUGUGAUUGAUAGUGAUACGUCUUUGGAUUGGAUGAGGUUUUUGAAAAAUGUGUCAAAAUUGAUUCAACAAAUGGAGACUCCUAAUCUGAAGACGAUCUUGGAUUCGCCGCAUUAUGCGACGACUCCAGCCAUUGCAGGUCCUUCCACAUCGGUUGCUGAAGCGUUGGAGUUGAUGAGAUUGCAUGAUACCACUGCAAUCCUUGUAAGAGAUACUGAACCCUUAUCUAAAAGUUCCUGUAAAGUUGGCGGCACUGCCCAUAUCUCUAUCAGGAAAGAAGGCGUUCAGCAUGAUUUUAACAUUAUUGGCAUCUUCACCAGCAAGGACGUCGUGUGUAGGGUGUUACAAUAUCCUGAGAAUAUUGAUUUAAAUAAUUGCACUCUUGCAAGGGUCAUGACAACUCGUCCAAACUAUGCGUUGUACACAUUGGGCAUACACUCCGCGUUGCGCAUGAUGUAUGACGGUCAUUUUUUGAACCUCCCAGUCAUUGAUGAGCGGGGGUCCAUUGUUGGUCUACUAACUGUCCUGCAACUAACCCACGCUGCCCUCAGUUGUCAACUUUCUCCAAACAUCCAAAAAUCCGAUAGUCCUUAUGUCAACUUAGGAGAAGCGGGCAAAAUUUUGACCAAGUUUGGAAACGAAGCUGACGUUACAAACCCAGGAUCCAAUGAACUUACAGAUCCUGGUAACGAAUACAAACAUUGGAAUUACUUCUGGAAAUCUUUUGAUAUAUCCGAAAACGAGAGUUCUUUGUCGUCUGCCUCAAGCCAAUUAUCCUUGAUUGACUUAAAACAGUCAUUGGUACCGCUUCGCAUAGUCUCCAGGGCACACUCAAAUCCGGAGAUGGAACCCAGGAAAUCUCUUUCGAUGACGCAGAUUAGAAGUUCUCGUGCUCUUUCCUUUCAGAAAAGAAAGACUAGCCUUUUAAGAAAAACCUUUUUUGAAAAGGGUGUUCUCAAAGGCUAUGUGUUCAAGAUUGACGUAUUUACUGUGGAUUCAAGUAACGAUUCUUUGCAGUUUUUGAAAAGAGUGAACAUAAAAGUUAAGCACAAAAGAUUAGUGAAAUACCCAUCAUUAUUGGAUCAUUUGCUCUCCAGCUUUUACGACAUACUCCGGUUGAAUAGCUCAGAUUGGGAGUAUCAACUGUUCAAUACUAUUGACACUACCAAAAUAUUAGUUAAUAAUAACGACCACUUGAAGAGACUCCUCGAUAAAUACUUUAAGCCCAAUAAGGGAUAUACUACUGUGCCGCUCAUCCUAAAAUUAAAAAAACAUCGUAAUAAUCAAGAAGUGAUAUUUGAUUGGUUACAAUCCAAAUUUAAGAUCUUGAAGAAUUUCGCUAAUUCUUCUUGGCUCAAACUAAGCUUUAUUUUUUUUAUUGGUGUUGGUUUAGGAAAAGUAAUGUGA